AUGGAGGUUCCUACGGAAAGCCUACCUAACACAGGUCCUACUCCGGCGGAGGCGCCGUCCACACCUCCCACCGAAGCCACCAGAGGCAAGCUCUCCAAGUUCAUGAAAGCCAGGUGGCUCCACCCACGCACAAAACGCUACAUCCACGCGCUGGUCGACGCAUCUAUUUGCUGGGUGGUUGGUUUAACCCUGGCUUUCGGAAUCAUCGAAUUCAAGGUUUCGUUCGAUGACGUGGACCAUUCCGAGUUCAUUCUCCUACCGCUGGUCCGAUUCGGUGGAUAUAUAUCCAUCAUCUUCGCCAUGGCCUGCGGCAUUGCCAUCGGCACGUGUAUGCAGUCCCUCGGGUUAUGGCGAACGCAGCACAUGGGUCCCCAUAGAGCCAAGCACGUCGUGUUCGGAAAACUGAGACUCCGCAUGUGGGUUUUCACCUGCUUAUCCAUCGCCCUGAGCUUUGUGCUGCCCGUGUUUGGGAGCCAUGCAGUGCGGGUAUUGAGUGCUGUCUCAUGGCACACGCGGGGAAAUGUGACGUUUGAUUCCACCUCAUCACGGAUUCGGGAGUUUGUAGUGCUGCAUAUCAUGUGCUUAGUCACGCUGUGCGCAGUGACUGGAGGGGCUAUCAUCCGGGAAAGGCGGCUGGCGCCCCUGGAGGACGAAAAGAAAGUCAGGGACGAGGAAAAAGGGGGUCAUGUGAAGGGAGAAUGCCAAGUCAUGGGUCUACGGUGUGGGAGCACCAAAGCGGCAAGGUUGAACUUGGCAGCCACCGAAGAGGCUCAGUACAACCCGCAGAAGGCCACCACGUCGUUAGCUCAGUCGCAAGCUCCAGCCAAACCUAAGAAUGCGAAGAAGAACCAAGCCUCGGCAGGCCGAAAUACGGCGCCGAGGCUGGCAGAUUUGGAAGCGAAGAAGUCGGACGUGCCGUACAAAGAUCAAGAUAAACCUAUCUCCCCCAGAUCGUGAAUUGCAGCCAACCCAGUCACUACGAGCAAGAGUCAGGACUCGACGGCAAAUCUGGCUGCCAAACAGGUCAAGGUACGCAACUUGAGAGACUGGGUGGCAAAGGUCGAAACAAGGUAGGCGAGCAAGGCGAAAACAGCCAUGGAGCGACAGAGGCGACGAAGCAAGAAGUAAGCAAGACGGAAUGAAAUUAGUAAGGGCGAGACGAAGCUAUCGUUGUCGAGGCUCGGAAUGAAGCAGUCAACGACAAAAAGCUGGAAAUAUGCAAGACGGGCAUGUCCCAACAGGAUUCGAUCACGAUUAGGUUGAAGAUUACUUGAGUUGGGAUUGAGUUGGCUGUCAGAUGAACAUGCAUGAUAUAGCCUAUAAGGUUCUUGUCGAUCAAUAUGGAAGAGAGUCUUAAGAAAAUAGGAAAAGAAUGUUGGCUAGAAUCAAUGAG